AUGAAAUAUUUGGGUGGCGGGCCAUUAUCUAUCUAUCUAUCUAUCUAUCUAUCUAUCUAUCUAUCUAUCUAUCUCUUUCAGUCAGUUCAUAUCUAUCUAUCUAUUUAUCUAUCUAUCUAUCUCUUUCAGUAUGUUUAUAUCUAUCUAUCUAUCUAUCUAUCUAUCUAUCUAUCUAUCUAUGCUCAUAUAUUUAUAUUUCUCUAUGUACGUCUGUCCUUAUCUAAUUUUAUUCUUUAUCUAUCUAUCUAUCUAUCUAUCUAUCUAUCUAUCUAUCUAUCUAUCUAUCUAUCUAUCUAUCUCUUUCGGUCAGUUCAUAUCUAUCUAUAUAUUUAUCUAUCUAGCUAUCUCUUUCAGUAUGUUUAUAUCUAUCUAUCUAUAUCUAUCUAUCUAUCUAUGCUCAUAUAUUUAUAUUUCUCUAUGUACGUCUGUCCUUAUCUAAUUUUAUUCUUUAUCUAUCUAUCUAUCUAUCUAUCUAUCUAUCUAUCUAUCUAUCUAUGCUCAUGUAUUUAUAUUUCUCUAUGUACGUCUUCUGUUUAUAUCUAUCUAUCUAUCUAUCUAUCUAUCUAUCUAUCUAUCUAUCUAUCUCUUUUGGUCAGUUCAUAUCUAUCUAUAUAUUUAUCUAUCUAUCUCUUUCAGUAUGGUUAUAUCUAUCUAUCUAUCUAUCUAUCUAUCUAUCCAUCUAUCUAUGCUCAUAUAUUUAUAUUUCCCUAUGUACGUCUGUCCUUAUCUAAUUUUAUUCUUUAUCUAUCUAUCUAUCUAUCUAUCUAUCUAUCUAUCUAUCUAUCUAUCUAUCUAUUUAUCUAUCUCUUUCAGUCUGUUUAUAUCUAUCUAUCUAUCCACGACAAGUAG